AUGAACGCCUUUCCAUCAGAGCUGCUCCACCAUCACUUUGCGUGCAUGGUGGUGGCUGGCCUCACAGCGCCUUCAAAGCCAGCAUCAAAUACGGCGUCUGCAUCGUCCUCGUCAGCCCCAGCAGUAUCGACCCUCACAGACGCAACUCCCGGCGCUGCCGCCGCACCAGCAGAUCACCCGACCACCGUGUUUCCAGAUCUGACUGCAUCCCUGCACGACAUCCUAGCCUCACGCGCACGCAAUACGCUCUGGGAUCCAUCUCGAGGGCGAUCCGCUGUCUUUCAUACCGUCUUUGCCGAUCAUUUGUACCGGCUGCCGCCGCUCAAAACCAAGCCUUCAGCGCGGCAUGUACCACCAAUCCCAUCUAUCACCGCUGGGUCCAGCGCAACGCCGUCCGAGUCGUCCACAGCAGCCUUCUCCGCGCUACCGCCACGAUCACCGCUCUCACCAUUGCAUCCAAACUCGCCACAGUUCCCGGACGGACUCAUCGCGCCCGUCUGGGUGCGCAAGCAUCGCGACCUCGUCCCGUCCGUCUUGGUGUCGUUCCACGUUCUACCCGCCUCUCCCGACACAGAAGAGCUACGCAAACUCGACGAGUCGCUCGUCAAGCUCAUAUCCGAACGACGGCGGACACUCACUGAGCGCGGAAUCAAGCUCACCAUCGUACUGCUGACACAACGACAGACGUUGGACGAUGCGCAGCUCGAGGCUCGGCUCAGCUUUGUCCGUCGGAACAGCGGGCUGGAUUCCAAAGCGAGCCUGUUCGUGCUUACGCCUGUGACCAAGGUGGAGCUGGGCGAGUUCGUCACAAGUUUGCACAGUGCGUUGUUCGAGCCGGCGGCGGAUUUCUAUCGGGAGCAUGCGCGGCGGGUCAAGCGUAAAAGGACGAGGUAUCCACCCCCGCCAUCGACGUUGCAGCCCAUCGUCGCUGCGUUGGGCACCCUCCCGCCGGCGACACCGAGCGGGAGGACGGUGGGGAUGAACGACAUCAGCUGGCUCAGCAGGGAAGGCUGGAUCGUGCGAAGCGAGUACAAACUCGCCGUCUUCGCCGAGCUAGCCGGCGACAUGACCGAAGCCGCCCUUCGCUACAAGGACGCCUACGAGCUGCUGUGCAAUUCUCCAACAUGCCUGCUGGGCAGCACGAUGAUGUUGCCACCCCGAACGAAGCGCUGGGCGGAAGCAAAGGUGUUGGCCGACACACUGUGCGUGCGCAUCUGCAAGCUACUGUUGUACGCCGAUGACGGGACGGGGGCGGCGUUGUUCUUCCGCAAGCACCUCGCAAGAUUCACAGACCUCAGCACGGGGUGGGGCAUUGGAGCCAUGACGUUCGAAUACUGGUCCUGGCUUGCGAAACAGUAUCGGAUGUUUGGGGAGCUCGUCGAGCACGCAACACGGACGAUACCGGGCUCGCCAUUGCCACCGUUUCAGCUGCCGAUUCACGCGCCACCGCUUCCAUCACGUCUAUUGCAUCCGGAUGCACUGCCUCGCUUCUCGGAUGGAAGAGGCGAGGUGAGCGCGCCACCCAACAUGCUCCUUCCCAACGCCAACGCCGUUGCUGUCUCCACGAUCCCCGGUUCGGCCCUCCAGAGCCCGGGUGGCUACUACUACCUCGCUGCGCUGUGCACCGUCGAGCGUCGAACGCGCUUCCUCCGCGCCCUCUCCUCCCAACCCUCCUCCACAGAAACCGAAGAGUCCGGCCCGCUGGCACACGAAAGCAAAGUGGACCACACAGCCCAACUCACAGAAGCGCUGACCAAGGCGUACGACGCAUUCAAGCGAGGUCGCAUGCAUCGUCACGCGCUGUUUAUUGCAGCAAAAAUCGCGACGGCGUACGAUGAGGGCGGACAGGACGAAAUGGCGCUCAAGUUUCUGGAAAGGAUUCUGAAGAGUUAUGCUAAGGAAGGAUGGGGGGAGGUGAGGAGGGCACUGGUGGAAGUGGCGAUCGAGGCGGCGGUGAGGGCGGGCGAUAGGGCGAGUGUGGUGAGGUUGUUGGUGGAGACGCUGGAUUCGGAGUUGGAGAUGGAUGAGGAGAGGAGGAGGGAGGUGGUGGAGGCGGCGAAGAGGUUUUUGAUUCAGACGAGGGAUGGCGUUGAUGGCAAGGAAGUAGGGGAAGAGGAGGACGCCAAGGGGAGCACACCAGUGACGGCAGGAUUCUUGGACGUCCAGGUGGUGUUCCCAGUAGCAGAGGUGGAGUUCGGAGCCGAGGUGCCGUUCCAGCUCGUCGUACGCAACACUUCGUCGUCCGACCUGAUGGACGUGCUUUCUGCAGAUGGGGUGACGUUGCACAUUCAGAGCGGCGACGACGAGUAUCAGACGGCUGUCGAGGUCAACGCCGCCCUUUCCAAGGACAACACGUCGAAAGCGCUCAUUGUCGACCUUGGUCUCAUCGACCUCACCUCCACCGUCUCGCCGACAUCCGCAGAUCUCAGCCGGCUCUUCCUCCCACACAGCACGACCGCUUUCCAAGGCACGAUCAAAGCCCUUCACCCGGGCCUCAUCCGCAUCAGCAGCGCAACGAUCUCCCUCGCAUCCGGCCAAUUCCUCGACCUACCGCUCCCAGACCCGGAAGCUACUGCCCUCCAACCGUGCACAUGGCUCCUCCCCACCACCCGCACCCUCCAUCUCUCCCAUCGUUCGGACCCAACCACCGUUCUUGUCCGUCCUCAACGCCACAACCUCUCCCUGCUCCUCACCGCCCCACCGCUGGUGUACAUCGACGAGCGCGUCCCACUCCGUGUCGCGCUGCACAACCACGAGUCCGUCCCACUUGCUGUGGAUGUUGACGCGCUGUUGCAACCGCGCUACGAGGGGGCGUUGGAUACGCUUUGCGCCACCGAAGAGGGCGACCAGCAGGGGCAGAGUGUCAAGGCGCUUCCAGUGGAGAUUGCGGCCGGCGGGGACGGGGAAGUGGUGCUGUGGCUGACAGGACGUCAGGCGGCGGGGGUGAGGACGGUGGAUGUGAGUGUGCGGGUGGGCGAGGAGGUGGUGGUGAGUGCGAGUGUGGGUGUCGACGUACGGGGGUUGUUUGCGUGCACGGCUUGGUGCGAGGGCGUGGCGAAGAAGGAGCUGGCUCUGCUCGAGUUCGACGAGCCUGAAGCGGACGGAGAAGGAGUUGUGGGAUUAGACGUUGAGGUGGUCGGCGAGUCCACUGUGCACGUGUCGAAGGUGGAGCUGGUUAGUGACGCCCACAGAGUUGCUAUCGACGACGACGCGCUGGGGGAGUGGCACCCGAGAGAUCGAUUCUCCUUCUCCCUUCCCCUCCCUUUCUCCCCCUCGCCGAGGUUUAGGAUCACCUGGUCCCAUCCGGACCAGCCGCAGCAAACAUCACUCAUCCCUCUCCCACCCCCCCUUCCGACCCACACCGAGCAUCUCACCAUCACCCUCACCUACCCGCCCACCAGCACCCUGGGCAAACCGCUCGAUCUGGGUGUCACACUGCACAACCCGCACCCCACCCGCUCCGUCCCAGUGGUGGUGACCGUCGACAGCGACGACCAUUUCACCCUCGCCGCCGCGCGCCGCGUCAGCAUCCCCUUCUUGCUCCCUGGCCAAACGAGGGUUCUGGACGGUCUGGCAAGACUGGUCCCCCAGUCGGUGGGCGUGUUCCCUCUGCCCAAUAUCACAGUGAUCCUAGGCGACGGAGAGGACAGGCUGAGCGUGGCUAGUCGGGACUGGGACGAGGCACCGGAGAGAGAGGUACAGUUUAGGUAUAGGGAGAGCGCAGACGGGAAGCAGAGGACGGGAUUGCCGAGGUUGAGAGUUGGAUUGUAA